CUCCAUUCUUCGAAAUGUUUUCCAUCAGCAUCGACAUCGACAUCGACAUCAACGCUUCUCAAUUCCCACCAGAUCUUUGUGAUUCAGCCUUGUCAAAAUGAAGUUCUUCACCCUCACUGCUCUUAUUGCAUUGGCCAAUGCUGCCUCCAUCGAUCUGUCCAAGCGUUCUGAUGGACUUGAGGUAAAGCUUGAAUCGACUGGUAACAGUGCUGUCAAGGCCAAGAUUACCAACACCGGAUCCGAAUCAGUCAAGAUCCUCAAGACUGGAUCCUUCCUUAGCAAGGUCCCGGUCGAGAAGGCUACCAUCUUCUCUGGUAGCGAAAAGGUCGAGUUCCAGGGUGUCAAGCUUCGCGUCGACAUUACUUCUCCUAUCGCCGAGAAUGACUUCCAGAUCAUCAAGGCUGGCGAGACAAUUGAGGCCUCAUGGGAUGUUGCUGAGGUCCACGACCUUUCCAAGGGCGGUGCCUUUGACGUUGUUGUCUCUGGUAACCUCAACACCGCAGCAGUAGACUCCACCGAAAUCACUGGUGUCCUCAGCUACAACUCCAACACCGUCUCGAUCGACGUCGACGGAAACGAGGCUGCCUCCGUCCGCCACAACUUCAAGCGGUCCGCCGUCCAGUCCGACUGCACCAGCAGCAAGCGAACCUCUACCGUCAAUGCCCUCUCCAACUGUGCCAGCCUCGCCCGAGCUGCCUCCGCAGCCGCCUCCUCCAACACUGCCAAAGUGCAGGAGUACUUCAAGUCCACCAGCUCCAGCACCAUCUCCACCCUCCAGACCGUCUUCAACCGCGUCGUCUCGGAGUGCUCCUCCACGACCUCCGGUGUCUCCAAGACCUACUGCGUCGACAACUACGGCUACUGCUCCAGCAACGUCCUCGCCUACACCAUCCCCUCCCUCAGCCUCAUCACCAACUGCAACUUGUACUUCUCUGCCCUCCCCGCCCUUUCCAGGACCUGCCAUGCUCAGGAUCAGGCUACCACCACCCUCCAUGAGGUCACCCAUCUGUCGCAGAUCAAGGGCACCGACGACCUCGGAUACGGAUAUGCUGCUGCCACCAGGCUUUCCACUGCCAGUGCUCUCAACAACGCCGAUUCUUAUGCCCUUUUCGCCAACGCUAUCUAUGUUGGCUGCUAA